AUGCCGCUGAAGGUGGUGGUGGAGCUGCAGAUCCACGCGAUCACUUGCCCUGGUGUGUUCCUGCCAGAGAAGCAUGACAUUUACCUCAGUGUCUGCAUCAUGGGCCAAUACAAGGAGACAGAAUGCCUUCCUCCAAUUUUCCCUCUCUUGUUUCAUGAGAAGAUGUGGUUUGAAAAGGUAUUUGAAAGUGCUGUAGACCCUGCUGCUGUAACAGAGAUGCUUGAAAGCAAUGUAACAACGUUUGGAUUAAUUCAACUAGUAUCUUCAGUGGGGGACAGUCUCGCUUUUUAUGAAGAGAAUACUCGAGAUUUUCUCUUCCCAGAGCCCAAGCUGACUCCUGUGUAUCCUGGUGUGGAGAGAGAGUUACUAAUGAAAACAUCUCCUAGUUUCACAGGAAUUGCACCAAAAAUAGAAUUUUCUACAAGAACAACCAUUACUGAGCUUCCACUUCAAUAUAGAAAGCAGUUUUAUCAGGGCAGAAACAGAAUGAGGAUACAAAGAUCUGCCUCUGUAUCACCCAGGCGAAGGAGCAUUUCACCAGCACGAUAUAAGACAACAAAGAAAAAGGAUAAUAAGAUCUGUAAGAGUCUUACAAGGUUAUUAAGAUCCCACUCUCCAUCUCCAAAUGCUACAAAGCACCUAUGUCAGUUCUGCAAAGAAAACCAACAGCAGCAAUCAAGGCUAAGCCUGGGAUCUGUUGGGUACAAACUGGAUGCUGAAACCAGGCCACCAUUUGUUGUUAGACACGUAGACAGUUCUAACCCAUUUGGUGAAAAAACUUCGUCACAGUUACCUUAUCGAAAUCCAAAACAAAAUGUGAGCUCAGCAAGGAAUUCGCUUGAAUUUCAAUUGAAACGAGCUUUAUCUUUUGAUAGCUGUGAAGCAUCAAAUUCCUCAGUUAAGGUUAUCAGGGAACCGGAUGAACAGGCCACAUCUGAACAUGAUUCAUCAUCUCUUGAAACAGAUGAACUUGUAAAUUACCCGGGCAGUUCUCCUACUCAAGGAGAUUUGACAUUUCACCGCACAGCGUCAUUUGCCACCUCCCCACAUUACAGAUCACCUAGUCCUGUUCGGAGUCACUCUCCUCUGCAACACAGGUUAUACUCCAAUCCUCAUUUCAGUUGGGAAAAGAUCCACAAGAGAGUGCAGAAUCUCCUAACCUCAAACCAGGCAAAGCAGAGACUUUCCUUUGGAGCCACUGAUUCUGAAAUUGAUGAUGUCCUUGAAAGAAGGUCCAUCUCUUUGAGGAGUUCCCCUCAGGAUGACUCACUGGAGCAAAGAUAUUACUAA